AGGUAACGGUAACUAUGUAUGACGUAGGGUUCUUUUCAUGGUGACAGAUAAUCAAAAGACAAGAUAUGGUCGACUAGUCGGCUAAAUAACGGUGAAUUUAUAUUUUUAUUUUAACAAAAUGGAUUGGAGUUUGAAUACAAUAUAGCAGAAGUUGUAGAUUGGACAAUGACCCAACACACCUCCAGGCUGUAUAAGGGCUAUUUGACCAAGAAGGAGGGUGAUGGAGUGCUGCAUCAGAUGACCUGGCCUCCACAAUCACCCGACCUCAACCCAAUUGAGAUGGUUUGGGAUGAGUUGGACCGCAGGAUGAAGGAAAAACAGCCAACAAAUUCUCAGCAUAUGUGGGAACUCCUUCAAGACUGUUGUAAAAGCAUUCCCCAUUAAGCUGGUUGAGAGAAUUCCAAGAGUGUGCAAAGCUCUCAUCAAGGCAAAGGGUGACUCUGCGGGACAGGAAGUGAUGGACUUCCGGUGGGGGAGGAGCCGGGGCGAGGAGGGCAUCGCCGUGGUGAUAAACUUCCUGCUGGCUAAUGCCCGAUUGGUCCUGGGAGUGGGAGGGGCCGCGGUGCUGGGCAUCGCUACGUUGGCUGUCAAGAGGUUGAUAGAACGCGCGGGCCGAGCAGCGGAGGACGAGAAGGUGGAACAGAAGAUGUCAGAGAGCUGGGAGGAGCUUGGCUUAGUCUCCGCCUCCCCCAAGUCCAUAAGGAAGGGGCUGGAGAGUGUGGUCAUGAAACAUGUCGCCAAGGCAACCAAACCACAGAAAGCUGACCUGUGCCAGCCCCAGCAGCAGAAGUCUAGUCUGAAUGAGAAGCCUGUCAACGCAGCAGAGCCCCAGAGACCCAAGAGCCUACAGCUGUCUCUCACCCUGCAGGACCGUCUCCAGCAGUAUUAUUCAACCAGAGCAGCUUUAGUCCCAGAGGUCGUCCACAGAGCUGAGAGUCUAGCUCUAGAUAUCUGUAUAGAGGUACAAGGAUUCCUGCACAGCACAAACCCUGACAUGCCUCUGGGAGAGAUGUCACUGGGAGGGUCCCUACUCGACGACCUACAGGUGGUGAGAGCGGACCAUGCGUGCCUGCUGGUUCCCCUCCAGCUAGAACCCAGUCUGUGGAGACUGAUCCCUGGGGAGGAGACUCUCCUAACACACCCUCUACACUGGAUGGUCCGGCGGGUCAACCUGGAGUACUUCCCUAGAGGACGCAGCUACUGGGACCGGUUCCUAGUAGGAGGGUAUCUGUCCUGCCGGGCGCUGGUGAGCAUGCUCAGUAAGGCUGUGAUGGAAACCAUGAACUGGCCGUCUCUCUCCUCCACUCUGGACUGUCUGGUCAGGCCUGUCCUCGGGGGAGAUGAACUGAAACUAGAGAUACGACCAGAGCGAGGUGAUACUCUCUUCAUCUCCGUAGUGCCGGUGCUGAGGGAGGCAGACGUGGUCCUGACUGCCCAGGUAGAGUUAACCCAGCCCUGGGAUAGUGCCUGGCACCUCUCCCUCUACCCCUGGGAGACCCAGCGCCUGACCCAGCUUGACUCCGCUGACCAGGGGGUCCGACGCGCCCUCCUCAAAACCCUCAAAGCCGUCUGUCGACACUGUCCCGCCCUGCGACCCCUCACCGCCGCACCGCUGGCCAACCUCAUCCUCCACCUCAGCGACACGGACGUGGAUUGGUCGGAGGGUUGUCUGAGUGGGCGGUUCCAGCAGUGUGUGUGGGAGCUGAUAGGCUAUCUGGAGCAGGGGGUGUUACCUAGCUACUUCAAGCCCAGUGUUAAUAUGUUGAACGGAGUGACGGAGGAAGAGGUCGAUGAGAUGGGCUUUAUGUUGUACUGCGCCGUCUCUGAACCAGACAUUCUGCUGAUAUAGAUAUAUAUAUAUAUAUAUACUCUAACCUGGUGUAUAUAUCAGAGAGGAAGAAGACAUGUAUUAGAUAUAAGAGACACGAGACACCACCCUGACGUCUAUAGAUCAGUUGUGCCAUAUUACCGCUCCACUGAGACGUGGACGGGAGAUUGUUGUUCAGGCAGUCGUGCAUCUCCUUCACAUACACCUGUGGGGGCUGACUGACUAAACAGAGAUAAUUUAUAUAUUGUGUAUGAGUACUAUGGUGCGGAUGAGUUGAUGGGGGGCUCUGACUGAGCAGCACAGAGACUCUGGUGACAUGAUGAUGAUGGACUGUGCCUUAGGGGAAGUAGAUGAGGGAAGGAAGAAAUGAAAAAGAAGACUAGGGCUGCGUUUUACAGACACCCAAUUCUGAUCAUUUGGGGGCAGAAUCAGGUUACCUGUGUUAAACGCAGCCUUUAGUGACGGAGACUUGUUUUUCUCCUGCUGCGGACUAUGUAUCUAGAUCUAGUACAUCUCUGGCCAAAAGGCUGUUUCAGUAAAGUAGUUGACUACUUUAAAAUGGUGGAAGCGCUCAAUGGACUAUAUAUCUAGAUCUAGUACAUCUCUGGCCAAAAGGCUGUUUCAGAAUGGCCUGCGCCAUUGAGGCUACAACCCAUAGGAAUCCCCCACCCUAGUUGACUACUUUAAAAUGGUGGAGCCCUCAAUGGACUAUAUAUCUAGAUCUACUACAGCUCUGUCCAAAAGGCUGUUUCAGAAUGGCCUGCGCCAUUGAGGCUACAACCCAUAGGAAUCCCCCACCCUAGUUUACUACUUUAAAAUGGUGGAAGCCCUCAAUGGACUAUAUAUCUAGAUCUACUACAGCUCUGUCCAAAAGGCUGUUUCAGAAUGGCCUGCGCCAUUGAGGCUACAACCCAUAGGAAUCCCCCACCCUAGUUGACUACUUUAAAAUGGUGGAAGCCCUCAAUGAGUGCUACCCAUUCUAAAACUGCAUUUUUUGGGGGGGGGGGGGGUCAUUGAAAGGCCUGGAUCAUUCUCUAUGGGCCGACUGGACGACACAAGAUAACAAAGUUAGCACCAGUUACCACAGCCACAAAGUGAUAAUUAUGUCUAAAAUCCCUCCGCCAAUUUCUCUUCUUAAAAUCCGAUUUUUAAACCUGUUUAAUGACGUCAUUAUAUGCACCUUCUACUGAAUGAAGUGCUCACCUUUUCUUUUCAUCAUGUUGUCUGUGUUUUGCGUUUGCUGAAGAGUGACUUAAAUAAAUGUUUUCUGCUGAACUACU